AUGUCUAGUAAAGAAGUUGUUAUCAUUGGUGGUUCAUUUGCUGGUAUUGCCGCCUUAAAAGCUUUAGUUAAAUCUAAGGAUGUUAAAUUAUCUAUAACUGUGGUAUCACCAUCUGAUAAAGCUUUAUUUAAUAUCGGAACUCCAAGAGCUACUAUUGAAACCGAAAAGAUUGAUAAAAUCUUUUAUGAUGUUAAUAAGGCUAUUAAGACUCAUGUUAGUGGUACUAUUCAUAGUGGUAAAUUCAUUAAGGCUUAUGUUACUGAAGUUGAUUUAGGUCAACAAGUUGUUUACCUUAGUAAUAAUGAAACUUUACAUUAUGAAAAUUUAAUUAUUGCUUCUGGUACAACCACUCAACAUCCAGCUUUUAAAUUAGAUAAUGAAAGAGAUUCAAGAUAUACCAUCGAUGCCAUUAAAGGUUUAAAUAAACAAAUCAAGGAUGCUAGAAAAAUCGCUAUUAUUGGUGGUGGUCCAACUGGGGUUGAACUUGCUGGAGAAAUCGGUUACGAAUAUGGUAGUUCAAAAUCAGUUACUUUAUUUACUGGUUCUACUCAACCAUUACCAGUAUUAUCUAAGGGUCUAGGUGAUAAAGCUACCCAGAAGUUACAAAAUUUACAUGUUAAAGUCGUUAACAACAAAAAAUCUAAAUCAUACACUGAAACAACUGUUACUUUCAAUGAUGGAUCUAGUGAAAGUUUCGAUUUGGUUAUUCCAGCAUUCCAAUUAAUUCCAAACUCACAAUUCUUACUGAAUUACCCAAAAAUAACCGAUGCUAAUGGUUUUAUCAUUACUGAUGAUUACCUUAGAUUAAAAGACUAUCCAAAUGUUAUUGCUUUUGGUGAUAUUGUUUCUCAAGGGGUUAAAUCAUUGGUUGAUAUUCUUUUUGGUCAAGUUGGAGUUUUACGUAAUACUAUUGCUUAUGAAGUAUUUGGUAAGAAAUCUGUUACCUUAAAGGCAUACAAACAACCAGGUACCACUUUAAUUGUCCCAAUUGGUAAAGGUGGUGGUGUAGGUACUGCCUUUGGAUUAAAUUUCCCUAACUUUGCUGUUUCCUUCCUUAAGUCUAAGGAUUACAUGAUUCCAAAGGGUGGUGAAAACUUGUCUUAA